AUGGAUUUUUUACGACAAAGCCAAGAAGAUUUUGUAAAGCUUCAGCUCACCGAUAUGCUUCUUCGACCCACCAACCGCAAAAAAAUAAAAUCAAAACUUAAAAAAAUAGGCCUAUAUACGCAAAAAGAAGGAUUUCUCCAUUACAAGGAUUUUAUUUACUCUGAGCUCCCUUCUUUUGACCGUACAGCGAUGCUUAAAUCUCGAAAUAAAAAUAUAAGAAUAAGAAAUACAACUCACCUAUUCAGAAGUCCUAUAAAUCAGCCUAAAAAUCAUAGGAGAGCAAUUUCUAAUUCAUCUCCGUUAUCACGAGGACAAGCUAUAAACCGUGUAAGAAUAAAUUAAAUUAAUUAGAUUAUGGCCAUUAGACCUAAAAGCCUAGCCUUUUUGAAUAAAUUCUCAAGAUAGCAAAUUAUUUUUUCUGUCUUUUUGCCUUAUAGUGUAAGAAUAGGAAUUGUCAAUACUAAAUAUUUCAGAAAAAAUAGAAUUUCUGUGAUCUCCUGUACUCUAUAUGUAUUAUUUUCUAAAAUAAACCCUUUAGAAAGCCCUGAAUGGAAUAUUCCUAAUAAUAAGAAAAUUUCACCAAUAAAGCAUGAUUUUGUAUAUGAACAUAUUACACUGUUUCUGCAUGUAGCAAGACAUUUAAAUUCGAUACUUCCAAAUAUCCCUAUACAGGUAAGUAGUGAUAUCCGGAAACAAAUUCAAUCAGCUUUUUCGACAAUUAACUCUUCAACCCCAAAAAAAUUGCUACUAAAGCAUAAAGACCCAAGAAUUAUUAAUUAUAUAAACCAAAAAGGCUAUUGUUCUGUAUUAGCAGAGCCUCUUAACAAAUUUUUCUUUAAAAGAUACCCCACCUUUAAUGAGCAAUUUUUCGAAGAAUUUAUAUCAACAUAUAUUUUGACAAAUAUUUUGUCAAAUCAGUUAAAACUUUGUUUUGAAAUUUAUAAUAGGAAUAGUGGGACUGAUAUUUCAGCAAAAGAUAUUUUUAUUUAUUUUGAGAGCCCCUUUUUUCCAUUUAUAACAAAUGAUAUAUUUGCUAUGAGUAAUGGAAUAAUUCCUUUAUGCCAUGAAAAUACUUCAAAAUUUAUGGAUUUAAGCUCACAAUCAUUGCCUGAUAUGAAAAAUCAAGAGCAAUUUACUGUAAAAUUUAAAGAAUUUUAUAUAAUUAUUUAUUAAUAAAACAUAUAUAAAAAGAGAUAAAAACAGACACCAAGCUUAAUCCAGCACAGCAUAUAAAGCUGCCUUUUACCCAAAAAUUCCCUGAUAUUCUCCUGGCAAUUUCCUACAUUCUUCUAGGCGAAUUUUCCGCAGCUUUUUUAUGCAACCACUUUAACCUCCCAAAAUACAAAGUAAUUUCUUUUGGAAACGAGCUUUCAGUCAAAAGAAUUUCUUCAAAUUAUUUAAAUUAUUCAAAAAUCCUAGACACUCAAUGGCUUCUUUUAAAACCUGAGCUAAAAUCCUACGAUUUUAAGCCUGGCUUUGAUAUAAACCUUCUUAAAUACGCAGCAUCUACCUUCCUUUUGGCAUGUGAUAUAGACUCUAUAUGUAACGACAGGAUUUUUCAUGUAACCUCUGCCUCUUUUAAAGAAGCUUCUCCUAUCAUUUUAGGCCGUUAUUGUCCUACAAUAACCCAAAGAAUUUUUAACAGAAUGUCAAUAAAUAACAGUUCGAGUGUAAGCAUAUGGGAAUUUAUAGAUUAUAUUGAAGGGUAUUAUGAUGUAAAUUUUAAUUAGAAAGAAACAGUCCACCAGAGGAUGUUUGACAUAUUUGAUAUAAAUGGUGAUAGAGAGGUAAGUGUCCUUGAGUUUAUAUCAUUAAUUGCGACUGAAGAGACAAAAGUUUGUCCUGCACUAGAUUUUGAAGUAAAUUUGUAAAAAUUAUAUAGAAUUUCUGAUGUUUUGGAAGAAAAAAGAAGACUAUCUGAGCCUGGAAAAGGGAGCAUCAGACUGCAGCAAUAUAUAAAUUUGAUCCCAAACCCAGGAUUUCCUGAUUUUCUGGAAAAUCAAAUGAAAAAUAACCAUAAAAAUAGGUCAGCUUUGGCACAGAAAAGGCUUCAAAUUUAA